AUUUGCAGCGGCUCCUUGAACAUGUCAUCUCGCCCGAAGCCCACCGCGCCGAAGCCGGACCCAAAAUUCGUUGAGGAGCGCCGCGCAGAGGAGAAGGGCGGAGCGACCGAGGAGAAGAGCUCCUCCAACCCCAUCCAGAAUUGCUGGGCGUGGGUCUCGGAGAACCUCGGCUGGAUCGGCACGGGCAAGAACUACGGCCUCAUCGCCUUGAACGUCAGCCCGGGCGGCACCUCGUUUCUGUACGAGUCGGUGAUGAACAUGGGCGGCGACUUCAAGGAGGGCCUGCUCAAGUGCGCCUUCUUCAAGGACGCCGCGGGCCCGUGGAAGGGCGACACCGACCCGAACAAGGUUGGCAAGAUCUGCAACACGGCCGCCAAGUCCGUCGGCUCGCUCAAGCUCUUCGGGGCCUGCGGCCCUAACAAUGGCCUGGUCGAGGUCUCGGUCGGCCCGCAGUCAAUGCCGCUGGCCUAUGUCUCCGUGUACAAGCCCGGCAUGGGCCUCGUGACGUCGCAGACCUUUGGAUCUGUGGCUGGCUUCAGCAAGGACGGGGAGGGCAACGUGGUCGGCCUCACCACCGAGGACGCAGACGGCAACAAGUUCGUCAAGUACCCGCCGGCGCCUACGCCUUGCGGCGGCGACUAGUCGGCACUCGAUGCCAUGCCGGUCGACGCUGCUACGCCUACGGUAUAGACCCGCGUACUCCAACCCUCUGCCUCUCUAAACUCAGUACUCUGCGGCCCCUCUCGAGAGCCCUCGCAUGUGCGCAUGUUCCAUGGCGGCUUUUUCGGUCACGGUGUAAAAAUGUGCGAUGUAGACCCC